AUGUCUCACACCAUUUUGCUGGUACAGCCUACCAAGAGGCCAGCAGGCAGAACUUAUGCUGACUAUGAAUCUGUGAAUGAAUGCAUGGAAGGUGUUUGUAAAAUGUAUGAAGAACAUCUGAAGAGAAUGAAUCCCAACAGCCCCUCUAUCACAUAUGAUAUCAGCCAGCUGUUUGAUUUUAGUGACGAUCUGGCAGACCUCAGCUGCCUUGUUUACCGAGCUGAUACCCAGACAUACCAGCCCUAUAACAAAGACUGGAUUAAAGAGAAGAUCUACGUGCUGCUUCGUCGGCAGGCCCAACAGGCCGGGAAAUAGCUGAGUUAGAAGCAGUGGGGGCUGGGGGUGGGCUUGGAACACAGGUGUGUACAGCGUGCUGCAGUGGCGGCUCUGUAUUAUAGUAAUCCUGUCUCCAUCUUGGUGUACUCUAGCCAGGAUGGAAGGUAUUAGAUGAAAUGUGAGGAUCUUGUUCAAUCUGAAGCCCCCAUUGCCCCCUUCCC